AUGGCUCAGAGAGACGCAGAUGACGCAGAAGGAUUUGUGUUCACAUCGGCCAGCCCUGUUGAGGGCGAUCGAUUCAGUACGACAGAUCAUUCCAGCUCAUCUCAGGCGACGAAGCUAAAUGAUCUGGAACGACAAGAACGCUGUCCUGUAGCAUGGACCUCGAUAGCGUCCAGCGCGGCAUCGGAGGCCAACUAUUCCAACGCUAGAGGUCAAGACGAUCAAGUUGUCCCACCACCCACUCCAUCCGAUCUCGUGGCAACCCAACGACUGUCACCGUUCGCUUCCCGAUCCAUAUCUUUGGUCGUUGGAGCCGAUGGAUCGCACGCCGGCAAGCCGCUUCCCAUCACCUUGACAGCCCACGAGGAUCUUCUCACCAGCAUUUCGCCGUUCUUCAUGGCCGCGUUGCGCAGGUCUCACUUGAAUGGUAGCUUUGCUGAAGCGCAUACCGGCAUCAUCCGGCUGCCGGAUGACAGGCCGGACGAUGUCUCCAUGCUACUACAGUGGGCAUACUGGCAGAUCCUGCUGGAGAAGACACAGUCCUUGGUAAAUACCUCCACAGCCACCACAGCCUCGCCGACCCCAACAGCCAAGGCAACGAGUCGCUCGGCCCUCCUCUACCACCAUUCAAUCGACCCUUCCGUCCAUCGCUACCAGCGCUGGAAAGCCGAAAAGCGCCUUCUCAAAGAGACCUUUGGGCCGUCGUCGCCCGAAGUCCGUGGGUUCAAGAAACAGCGCAAGCGGCCUCGACCGCCAGCGUUCGGGCCGUUAAUACGGCUUUACAUUCUGGCGGACAAAUACGAUGUGCAGGGCGGUCUGCGAGCGGACAUUGUGAGGAGGGUGGAAGAGGUGAGCAAGGAGGCGAAUUGUGUGCCUGAUCGUGAGGAUAUGGAUAUGCUGUGGGAUGGUUUGCUGGAAGAUGUUGGGUGUGAGGGAGGAUUGAAGAGUGCUGUGUUAAGGCUGUUUGUGGGUUUGGAUGGGAGGAGCUUGAGGGGGCUGUUCAGAGAUAUUGGGGAUGGAGAGGGAGAGGAGGAGUGUGUGGGCUGGCAUCCGGGGUUCACGAGGGACCUGCUGUUGGCGAUGUUUGAGGCGAAGGAGAGUGCGGUGGCGGCUGAGAAGGAGAUGAGAGGAGGGGUCGGAUGGAGAGGCCUUACGAAGGGUCGGUGA